CUAACUACUGUACUACUUAUGGCAACAAUGGCCAUCACUCAGACGAACUAAUUAAACUAAAUGAGAUUUUUAUCAAAAUUUAAUGCAUGUCUGUAGACAUGAGGAAGCUCUAUUUUUACACAUAACUCCACUAAGAAUUUGUGCAUAUUUUGAAUUGUUCUGCAGGAGAAGAAGUAAAAUGGAUUGGCUACUGGUUCUUUGCUCUUUAGUUCACUUAUUUGUGUGUCCUUUCACCAAAGUCGAAGAGAGUUUCAAUCUUCAAGCCAUACAUGACAUCCUUUACCAUCAAACAGACAUCCAAGAGUAUGACCAUCUGGAGUUUCCUGGGGUAGUCCCACGGACCUUUAUUGGUCCUAUAGUAGUAUCAGUGAUAGCUGCUCCAUUUGUAUCUGUGUCUCGUGUCUUGGAAUUUCCUAAGGAUGUAUCGUUAUAUAUAGUGAGGUUUGCCUUGGGGGCUUUAGUCCUAUGGCCACUCUUAAAAUUGCAAAAGAGGAUUAAGGGAACAUUAGGCAAGGGUACAGCAGACUGGUUUGUGCUCAUCACUGUUUCCCAGUUCCACUUUCUUUUCUACCUCAGCCGUCCUUUGCCAAACACUAUGGCUCUCCCUUUAGUGCUUUUUGCGUAUUAUUACUGGCUCGGGCAGCAGCAUGGAAAAUUUAUCGCUUGUUCUGCGGCUGCAAUAUUGAUAUUUCGCGGCGAAUUGGCAAUUCUUCUCGGAUUGAUAUUGCUUGGGGAAUUGUUCACUAGACGCCUUUCGUUAUCCAAAACUGUGUUAAUUGCCGUGCCAUCCGGACUUUUCUGUCUAUUUCUGACGGUGUUGGUGGACUCCUUCUUCUGGCAACGAUUCCUUUGGCCAGAGGGCGAAGUCCUUUGGUACAAUGUCGUUUUGAACAAGAGCGGCGAUUGGGGUACUUCACCAUUUUUAUGGUACUUUUAUUCUGCCAUCCCACGAGCUAUGGGCACAUCUUUAGCUCUAUUACCUGUGGGCAUGUUUUUCGAAAGAAGAGUUUGGCCCGUCGUACUACCAGCGCUUUUCUUUGUGCUGGCCUAUUCCUUCCUUCCUCACAAGGAAUUGCGAUUCAUCAUUUACGUCAUACCGCUAUUGAAUAUAGCUGCCGCCGCCGCCUGCAAUCGAUUGUGGGAAAACCGAACGAAAGGCAAAUGGUUCACGUUACUGGCUCUGAUAGCUAUUGGGCAUUUAGUAGCCAAUUUAGUGCUGACUAUCUUCCUGCUCGUGGUCUCUCGUGCAAAUUAUCCAGGUGGCGAAGCACUCUUCCUUCUUCACAAAAUGGAAAGCCGCGAGUCAAAUGUGACAGUUCAUAUUGAUGUUCUUGCUGCUCAAACGGGCAUCUCCCGCUUUGGACAGCUCCACAACAACUGGAUGUAUGAUAAAACGGAGAAUCUCAAACCAGGAAGUCCGGAGCUACGAAUGUUUUCACAUCUGAUUGUUGAAGCGAAAAGUAAACAUGGUUACAAUCUACGACCGUAUGCAGAAACCCACGAGAUAGUAGCAUAUGUCGAAGGUUUCUCGCAUAUCCGUUCUAGCUACAAUCAUUUUCCGCCAAUUAGAAUCAAAUCCAAGCCGUGCCUGUUCAUUUUGAAAAACAAGUACUUACCAAAGGAACCAGAUUUCUCCUUCACUUUGAAAAAACACUCAGUAGAAGCUGCAGAUGUGUCAUUACCUCCAGCAGCUGAAUUUGACAAUAGGAACCAUUUUGGUGGUGAAGUGUUAUUAAGUGAAAAUUCAACAAACAUACCUGAGUUGAUUGAAAAUUCAAGAGAUGAAUGUGCUUUUAACUCAGCUGGUAACGCUGCUAUAAAUGAAGCGGCAGGCCCAAGGUUCAUUUCACAAGACCUGUUUAAGGGUGAAUUACAAGUCAAACUCACCAUGAAGCUCCUGGUUUUCCUUACCGUUUGCAUCGUCACUGUUCUGCAGGUCGAGGCCAAUGCUGUUGAAAGGGCAACUGUAACUGACGCCGAGCUACAGGCUCUUUCUCAGCAGCUUCACAUCGAUGAUGUCAAUGCUGUUCGAGGUAUCGUUCUUAAUAUGCAAUCGACCACCACAUCCGGCAGUACGACAGACAGGGCUCCAAUGCCGUUGUUUUCAAGUGUUCCAGCCGACGCCUUUUCCGGGCCAACAAUCAGCACUCUUUUGGCGCUCUUCGACAAUUACGACGAGAAUUGUAAAGUGACGGAAGUCAUUACACCAGGAGAAACGGCAGAAGAUAAUGCUUUCCUUGAUGCAAUUUUGAGCACGAGUGUCAUGCAACAAGCUCAUCAGUUCCUGGUAUCUAAAGGUUUGGCCAAUGCUGACAUUGCUGUCUUCAAAGAGUACUUGCGCCAAAUUUGGCUCGGCCAGUACAACCGCGGCGGCGGCAUCGAAGGAUCCUCCGGUCUGGAGCACAUCUUUUUGGGCGAAAAGGACGGCAACAGCAUUUCUGGUUACCACGGAUGGAUCAAAUUUUACAGGGACGAACAAGCUGGAAAGAUGAACUACCUGGGCUACAUGAAGAAAAUCGAUAUCGGAGUGAGCUCCGUUAUUGAAAUGCCGAUGAGCUGGGAUGGCCUCUACAAGUCCAUCAGCUCCAUCUCCGUUUCUGGCAGUCCUGAAAUUGAAUUGGCUGUUGCUACCGUUUGUUUCCUGGCCAGGCCGAAUGCCAAGUGCCCACUCCUGGGCGCGGAUGGCACACCGUACGCUUACCAGACCUACACGCUGCAAUACAAUGGCAAGACGUACGUUGGCAGCGCCUAUCCAACCUACUAGUCCAUUGUACAAACGUUAUUUCAUUUUUGCAUCUUGAAAUAAUGAUUAACAGCAGUGACUUCAAAUAUACCAUUUUGAUCGUU